CUAUGACAACGAGAGAAAAAAAAAAGCUGGCUUGAGUGGAAGUUAAAUCACUGAAAAGAUAUGUGCUGCUGGGUGAUCUAGAGCAAAACUGGUGAGGAGGAGAGCAGCUGCCGAAACCCUUUCUGUCGUCUUUAGUUCCCUUUUGCCAGAGAAACAUGGAGUCAGCCAUAAAGACCGUGGUGACAACGUUUCUUAAAUCUGCCGGGGGAAAGGACAGCCUAGACAGUAAAUCCUUCCAGAAACUGAUCCAGAAACAUCUCGGGGGCAUCAUGGAGGACACAAACAAGAGCUCAGCCAUCAAGGAGAUGCAGAAGGGUCUGGAUGAGAACAACGACGGAAAAGUCGGCUUCCAGGAAUACCUCACCCUGAUUGGCUACAUGGCCAACAGCAUCAGUGAGAGCCAAUGUGCCUCCAAGGCGAGCGCAUCGUAGACGCACCGGCCUCCAUGGGAUCCUCAGACCAAAACACACCUUCUUUUACUUUGAAACAUUCCCCCUACAAUUUACGCCUUGUUUGUGUUAGAAGUCCGUAAUCAUUUUUACCGAAAUGUAAAUUGCUCCGAGCCACGUGCCAAAACAUCCACACAUUUUAUGUACUUUACUGUCAGUUAUGCAUUAAACUGCUCACAACUUGUCUUUUAUGAUUCCAGCACAACAAAGGACAUGAUUUACUUUUCAAAAUAAAACCUUUAUAUUAAAA